AUGACCUUCGUCAAUUAUCCCGUAAAACCUUUGAGACGGACUCUUGAGGGGGGCCAACCUGAGCUUUCGGAUCUCAAGCAGUGCACCAGUGAUAGUGAUUGUACAAGCAUGGCCGCUAAUGGCAAGACUCUAACGGGUCGGAAGUGCAUCAGUGGGAUCUGUAGCUGCCCCUUCAGCUACGGCGGUGAUGACUGCCAAACAGAUACCUGUGGGCUCACAACGCAGGAUGGGGGCUGCGUGGACUCCACCGUAGGAGUUUGCGAGCUGCAAGAUGAUGGCUCCCAUAAGUGCGUUUGCGUUGUCAGCAGGUCGGGAGCAACCUGUCAGUUGUGCAACAAAGCUACUCAGAACGUUUCUGGUUUACUGUGCGUGCACAACAACUGCGUUUAUAACUCAACGGCGUGUAGUGGUCAUGGAAUAUGCUAUGCAACGCAGGAAAACGCGACGUGCCAGUGCUUUCCAGGAUAUAAUGGAAGGUACUGUGAGAUUAAUGCAUGCGAUGUGUACAUAGCACCAGAUAAUACAAUUCACUAUUGCAAGGACUACGGGAUCUGUGAGUACAAGAGGGCUUUCUUGCCCGACGAAAGUUUUUCUGACACAUAUUCAUGUAAUUGCUUCCCAGGAGUAUCUGGCGAUAAGUGUCAAGUGGUGUCCAAUUACUCUCAGCAGAUAGUUGUCUUUACAGUAAUCGUCAUAGUAGAAAUCGUCGCGUUGGUCAUUCUCUUGGUCCUGCUGGUUCUUAGAAUCAAGAAGUCAAAGAGAGCAGAGGCCCUCGAGGUAGAAGAUAUGAGCACUAAUUAA